CCGGUUCUUCUCCUGCGCUGGAGAUGCUCUUAAAGACCUCCGUCGAGAAAAUAAAACAAACUGCAGACCACUCAGACCAGAGAGUCAAGAGUAGAGAGAGAGAGAGAGAGAGAGAGAGAGAGGAAAUGGGGGAUUUAUACGCUUUGGAUUUUGAUGGAGUUUUGUGUGAUAGCUGUGGAGAGAGCUCCCUCUCUGCUGUGAAGGCUGCUAAAGUGAGAUGGCCAAGUUUAUUCAACGGUGUGGAUUCAACUUUGGAGGAUUGGGUUGUUGAGCAGAUGCACAUAGUGAGGCCUGUGGUGGAAACUGGAUAUGAGAAUCUGCUGCUUGUGAGGUUGCUGCUGGAGGCGAGAAUACCUUCUAUACGAAAGUCAUCGGUCGCGGAAGGGAUUACAGUGGAGGGGAUAUUGGAGAAGUGGUCAGAGCUGAAGCCUGUGAUUAUGGAAGAGUGGGGUGAGGAGAGGGAUGCUCUUAUUAAUCUUUUUGGAAAGGUCAGGGAUGAGUGGAUGGAUGAGGACCUAACAACUUGGAUUGGUGCAAAUAGAUUAUAUCCAGGUGUUCCUGAUGCUCUAAAAUUUGCAAGCUCAACCAUAUACAUUGUCACCACAAAACAGAGCCGAUUUGCUGAUGCUUUACUGCGAGAACUUGCAGGAGUUACAAUACCGCCUGAAAGAAUAUUUGGUCUUGGAAGUGGUCCCAAGGUAGAAGUAUUGAAGCAGCUUCAAAAGAAACCAGAACAUCAGGGGCUGAAACUGCACUUUGUCGAAGAUCGACUGGCAACCCUAAAGAAUGUGAUCAAAGAACCUGAAUUGGAUGGUUGGAAUUUGUAUCUAGGGGAUUGGGGGUACAAUACACAGAAGGAGAGGGAGGAGGCAGCUACAAUUCCCAGGAUUCGGAUCCUUGAGCUUUCUGACUUCAAAUUUGUCUCCUUUCAAACAAAGAAGCUGAGUAUUAUUGAAGUUGCAGGUGACUAACUGGGAUAUCUCACACAGAUGCGAAAAUGGCCUCGGGUUGGUUCAACUCAAACUCCUUCAACUGGAGACUAGAGGGAAAGAAAGGGAUAAAACUCAAGACUUCAAUCUUUUCUCUUUGUUGUGAAUAGCAUUCUUAAGAAACGAAAGACAUCUACAAUCAUUGAGCAAUUUCUCCAGAAAGACACCAAGGAAUCUCAUUCUCUUUGAUCUGGGGGCUAAAAGACACAAAGUGGGGGUGAAAGAAACAUA